ACCAGCAUAUAACCGUAAUUAUCUAAACAUAAUUCUGUGUUUGAAUACAUGUGGAUAUACAUAUAUUAUGCUUGAAUAUAUAUGUAUGGGUGUGUGUGUGUGUGUGUGUGUGUGUGUGUAGGCAUACACUCUAGCUCUAGUUCUAGAUAUAUAAAUUUAGGGAAGAAAUGAAUACCCAUCAAAUUAUUAAGAAUGGUUAUGACUCUACAAAUUGGAUAGGAUGAAAGAAAUGGGGAAAGGAAUUUUUACUUCUUUAUGUAGUGUGUGUGAGAUAUUAUGUAUAUGUGGUUUCCAAUAUAUUUCAAGUAAGUUUUUAAACAACAACAAAAAUAAACAGUUUGAGAGUCUUCCUGAAACUCGUCUAUUAAAAUCAUAUCCAUAUAGCUACCAGUCUACAGAAUUUUAAGACCUGGAUUUACCAUAAGCACAAAUACCUUUUGGCAGCGGAUUCACCACUUCCCAACUUCCCAAGGUUGCGGGAAUCAUUUAAAAUAAAUUCUGCAAUCGGACCUACUUUCCAUACCCAAACACCCCCGCAAGAGUGUGUGUGUGUGUUUAUGUCCUAUUUAAUUCCUUCCCCCCUCCCCGAUUUCUACCUCCGGAUUUGUAGGGCAGCUGAACAUUCCUUUUCUACAACUUGCAUUCAUUUAAUGGAAAACUUUUACUUAGUUGCCUUCAGCCUUUCCUUUUCUAGGAUAAAUCAAAUGGUUUUCGUUCCGCACCCUAACAAGGCAAGAAAUGACAGACUCCUAGGUCCCCCUAGGCGGGCGCCAGAGCACGACGGGUCAAGUCGGAAUCGCCACGUGGAAACAACGCUCAGCAUCGCGAACUCCAAAUCCCGACGUGCAACGCGGGGCGGGAUGGGAACAGUUUGCAGGAACUGCAGAAGCCUGUGGCGUGGAACCUGGACAGGUCCCGUGCAGAAAGGGCGCUAUGCCUUACAGAAAAGCUCCUUGCCUCCCAAAUGACGCCCAGCCUUCCUGCCUCGUUCCACCGCUUUCCCGCGGCCCCGCCCCUCUGCAGAGUGGGUUUAUUCCCCGCAGCCACCGCUUCUUUCCCCAAAGAGAAAAAGGUGCUGCUGCGCCUUUUCUAAGCCUUGGACCUUUACGCCCGCACUUUCCUCUGCCCAGAAAGCUUACUGCUUAACUCCAGUACAACUUACUGGUGUGCCUGGAUCCACCCCCGUCUCCACUCUGCUUAAGACACAGGAGGCUGAUAGGCUGGAAGAAUGAAUAGAUGACAUAAAAUAGUCAUUGUUAUCUCCACAUAAUUUGGCAGCAAGAUUGUGGAACUCUGCAGUCAGACAGAUCGGGUUCCAAUACCAGUUCUUCCACUUACUAGCUGGGUAAACUUCCUUCAUCCUUCUGAGAGUUCAAGAAACGUUUGCUGAACGAAUGAAUAAGAUGUUUUGCAGAGAUAAUGCUUGUAUCGUGCCUGGCCCAAAAUCAGCGCUCAAUGGAAUUACUGGUCUCCCUACUAUAUGCCACCUUCUCUAUUUAUGCAGGUUCUGAGUUCCUCGCAGCGGGGGAACAUCUGGCUCGGUUCUAUCUCCCCAAGGCGCUGGGUUCCCAGAAGUUUCUAGAAUGAAUACGGAGGGCUACAUAUUUCACAUGCGCGGGGCGGGGAAACUGCUGGAGGAUUACAGAUUCCGGAUGGAGCUGGCCCCUUCGUGGCGACCACAAGUCCUACCACGCCGCAAUAAUCUCGGCUUGUUCACCUACAAAUGAAGGCCGACGAUACUUGCAGACCGAGUCUGACAUCUAUGGGACCCCACCCCUACCCUGCGCCUCCAGGAGCUGGGACAGCCGCGACCCGUCCCCACUCCUCGCGCCUCCGGUGUCAACCUCAGACCCCUGUGGGCUCCCGGGGAAGACGCAUGCGCACUGCUCCCUCCUCGUCUCCUUCCCUUCGUUAAUUAGUCCAUCGCAUUUCAAGUGCUAGAUCCUUUUUGUCCCCUACUGCGUGCGGUGUCAGCUUCCUUGCGGAAGUGGUGACCGUGAGAGAAGAAGAUGGCGGCCCCUGUAGUGGCGCCGCCUGGUGUGGUGGUUAGUCGGGCCAACAAGCGCAGCGGCGCGGGGCCGGGAGGCAGCGGUGGCGGGGGAGCCAGAGGGGCGGAGGGGGAACCGCCGCCGCCCCUACAAGCAGUUCUGGUGGCCGAUAGCUUCGAUCGCCGCUUCUUCCCCAUCUCCAAGGACCAGCCUCGGGUCCUCUUGCCCCUGGCCAAUGUGGCAUUAAUUGACUACACUCUGGAAUUCCUGACUGCCACAGGUGUACAGGAAACAUUUGUCUUUUGUUGCUGGAAAGCUGCUCAAAUCAAAGAACAUUUACUGAAGUCCAAGUGGUGCCGCCCUACAUCUCUCAAUGUGGUUCGAAUAAUUACAUCAGAGCUCUAUCGAUCACUGGGAGAUGUCCUCCGUGAUGUUGAUGCCAAGGCCUUGGUGCGCUCUGACUUCCUUCUGGUGUAUGGGGAUGUCAUCUCAAACAUCAAUAUCACCAGAGCCCUUGAGGAACACAGGUUGAGACGGAAGCUAGAAAAAAAUGUUUCUGUGAUGACGAUGAUCUUCAAGGAGUCAUCCCCCAGCCACCCAACUCGUUGCCACGAAGACAAUGUGGUAGUGGCUGUGGAUAGUACCACAAACAGGGUUCUCCAUUUUCAGAAGACCCAGGGUCUCCGGCGUUUUUCAUUUCCUCUGAGCCUGUUUCAGGGCAGUAGUGAUGGAGUGGAGGUUCGAUAUGAUUUACUGGAUUGUCAUAUCAGCAUCUGUUCUCCUCAGGUGGCGCAACUGUUUACAGACAACUUUGACUACCAAACUCGAGAUGACUUUGUGCGAGGUCUCUUAGUGAAUGAGGAGAUCCUAGGGAACCAGAUCCACAUGCACGUAACAGCUAAGGAAUAUGGUGCCCGUGUCUCCAACCUACACAUGUACUCAGCAGUCUGUGCUGACGUCAUCCGCCGAUGGGUCUACCCUCUCACCCCAGAGGCGAACUUCACUGACAGCACCACCCAGAGCUGCACUCAUUCCCGGCACAACAUCUACCGAGGGCCUGAGGUCAGCCUGGGCCAUGGCAGCGUCCUAGAGGAAAAUGUGCUCCUGGGCUCUGGCACUGUCAUUGGCAGCAAUUGCUUUAUCACCAACAGUGUCAUUGGCCCCGGCUGCCACAUUGGUGAUAACGUGGUGCUGGACCAGACCUACCUGUGGCAGGGUGUUCGAGUGGAGGCUGGAGCACAGAUCCAUCAGUCUCUGCUUUGUGACAAUGCUGAGGUCAAGGAACGAGUGACACUGAAACCACGCUGUGUCCUCACUUCCCAGGUGGUCGUGGGCCCAAAUAUCACGCUGCCUGAGGGCUCGGUGAUCUCUUUGCACCCUCCAGAUGCAGAGGAAGAUGAAGAUGAUGGCGAGUUCAGUGAUGAUUCUGGGGCCGACCAAGAAAAGGACAAAGUGAAGAUGAAAGGUUACAAUCCAGCAGAAGUAGGAGCCGCUGGCAAGGGCUACCUCUGGAAAGCUGCAGGCAUGAACAUGGAGGAAGAGGAGGAACUGCAGCAGAAUCUGUGGGGACUCAAGAUCAACAUGGAAGAAGAGAGUGAAAGUGAAAGUGAGCAAAGUAUGGAUUCUGAGGAACCGGACAGCCGGGGAGGCUCCCCUCAGAUGGAUGACAUCAAAGUGUUCCAGAAUGAAGUUUUAGGAACACUACAGCGGGGCAAAGAGGAGAACAUUUCUUGUGACAAUCUCGUCCUGGAAAUCAACUCUCUCAAGUAUGCCUAUAACAUAAGUCUAAAGGAGGUGAUGCAGGUACUGAGCCACGUGGUCCUGGAGUUCCCCCUGCAACAGAUGGAUUCCUCGCUUGACUCAAGCCGCUACUGUGCCCUGCUGCUUCCUCUGCUCAAGGCCUGGAGCCCUGUUUUUAGGAACUACAUAAAGCGCGCAGCCGACCAUUUGGAAGCGUUAGCAGCCAUUGAGGACUUCUUCCUAGAGCAUGAAGCUCUUGGUAUUUCCAUGGCCAAGGUACUGAUGGCUUUCUACCAGCUGGAGAUCCUGGCUGAGGAAACAAUUCUGAGCUGGUUCAGCCAAAGAGAUACAACUGACAAGGGCCGGCAGUUACGCAAGAAUCAACAGCUGCAGAGGUUCAUCCAGUGGCUAAAAGAGGCAGAAGAGGAGUCAUCUGAAGAUGACUGAAGUCACACUGCCUGCUCCUUUGGGUGUGAUUGAGUGCCCUCCUGGCUCCUGGGCUGGGACAAGUGAGGAACUAGCUGCAGAGGGAUGAGUGACGACCAUCCAGGCUGAGACUGAAAGGAGCAGAGGCUGGAACUACAGUAUUCUUUCCCCUGCUAGCAACCACGUGCCUCCCAUCCUGACUGUGGAGUUGGGAUGUGGGAAGUGGGGCUGGAACAAAGCUUCUGCCUAGGGAGGAGCUAAGCAGGCCCUGCAGUUGGAGGAAGGCCAGAGGAACAGCUUUGUGCUCCGGCUUUCCCUCAGGGAACAGCAGAGAGCAGUUGGCUCUCUCUGCUGCUUGUAUAUGUUAAUAUUAAAAGAGAGAGUGGUGUA